UGUUCUAGUAUCGGGACUGUAAAAACCACAACAAUGGACAGGAAACAAAAUCUGAACCGAGCUGAGACGUUCUCCUUUGUCAACCCUUGGAUCAGAUAUUUCCUCUUCUUCUUCAGCUUCUUAUUUUGGGUUUUCUCUUUGUUAAUCGUCGCGAUGGGGGUGUAUGCAAAGGUCCAGAAGGCUACAGACACGGUGCGGGACACGUUCCUGAUCGACCCGGCUGUCAUCCUAAUUGUGGUGGGGGUGGUCAUGUUCUUCAUCACUUUCUGUGGCUGCAUCGGAGCCCUCCGAGAGAACAUUCGCCUCCUCAAGACAUUCUCCUUCAGCCUGACAUUGGUCUUCCUCACCCAGCUGGCCAUAGCCAUUCUGGGUUUCUUCUACUCGGAUCAGACUCGCGAUGCUUUGGGAAAUUUUGUGAAGAAAGCCAUCACGCACUACAGGGAUGACCUGGAUCUGCAGAACCUGAUGGACUACAUCCAGAAAGAGUUCAAGUGUUGUGGGUGGAACAACUACACAGACUGGUCUUGGAACCUGUACUUUAAUUGUACACACGAGAACCCCAGCUCUGAGCGCUGUGCCGUGCCCUACUCCUGCUGCACUCCUGUUCCUGGAGAGUCAGUGAUUAACACCAUGUGCGGUUUCGGGGUUCAAACUCAGACCUUCCUGGAGGCAGACAAGUCGAUCUACCCGAUGGGCUGUGCAGACAGAGCAGUGAUGUGGGUGGAGUCUCACCUGCUGUUGGUGGGGGCUCUCGCCCUGGGUCUGGCCUUACCUCAGAUUGCAGGCAUCGUGCUGUCCCAGAUCCUGAUCUCUCAGAUCCAAGAUGAGAUCACCUCGGUGUUGUGAGAGUGGGCCCGACGAGGGGAAGAGGAGGAAAGAAAAGAGAACUCGCAGUUCUCUACUUUCGGCUCCUCUGACGUGCAAACGACAUCUGUUUUACCGCUACUGUAUCCCUGCAAUG